ACAAACAAAAUUUGCUAAAAACAGUUCAAAACUAAAUAAAAAACUAAGUGAACAAUAUUAAAACACAUAAAAAACAUGUCGAGUACACCUACUAAAACUAAUAAUCGCGAACCGGAUUAUAAAACACCAAAAAAACAUGAUAGAUCCAAAGUUAGAACACCUAAAUCAAAAGGCCUUAAAGCUGUGGAAAAUUUAAUGCACCAUGAUACAACCACAGACAGUUCAGCAACAGAUGAACCCAUUGAGGUAAUAGUUGAGGAUCCUGGUGAUGAAAAUUCCUUGGAUACCUCCCAGAGCCGUAGAAAAUCGGGCCGUAUGUUAAGCCCGAAUAAAAGAUAUAAUGCAGAUUUUGUAUUAGGCUCAGGAGGUCGUGGUAGUAAUCGCAAAAGAAAUGCUGCAAAGAGAAAUGAGGUAACGGAUGAUGAGCAGGAAGAUGAUGAUACAGAUGUUGAUUUUGUAGUAGAUACAGUGGCAAAACCCAAAGCAGGCGAUUUACAAUUGUUGGAAGAAGAAGUAGAGUUGGCCGGUAAGGCAAUGUUUGGUUUUAAUACACCUAAGAAGAAGGGUGGCAUGGCUUUGGCGGCCUUGAAUACACCCAAAGCACCGGUAACACCAAAAACUCCCAAAACACCCGGCAGGUUGGGUAAAACACCGGAUGGUAAAAGAGCCAAAAAAGCAUUGGAACCAAAAACUCCCUCUAGAGUGCGUACUAAAGUUAAAAAUCAAAUCGCCAAAUUAGUGGAGGUUGAUUCUGGUUCAGAUUUUUCGGCCGAUGAAAGUGAUUUUGCGCCCUCGGGUAGCGAAAGCUCAUCGAGUGACAAUGACUCUUCCGCUAGCGACAACGAAGCAGAUGAUGAGCCUAAAACACCAUGUAAGGGACGUAAACCCAUAGUUGUGCCCAUACUACCCAAAACACCCUCUGCGGCUCGUCUAAGGCAAUCAUCCCGUGUUAAGAAAAAUGCUGAUUAUAUACCCGAAUGUGAAAGCUACUUUCAUUCACACUCCAGCACUAAAAUUCUCACUUCCGAUCAUACGCUAGAUCGUUUGAAAAAUCCACGAUUACCUGCAGAUCGUCUGUUUUCUUUAUUAUCGGAAAUGACAUUGUCUACAGAACAUGAAUCGUCCAUUAAUGCCAUAAUGGAUGAGUACAAAUCUUACUUUCCCAAAUGGCUUUAUAUUUUAAAUGAGGGCUAUAAUAUACUGCUGUAUGGAUUAGGCUCCAAACGCCAGCUUUUACAGUCAUUUCAUCGCAGCGUGCUGUCACAACAACCUGUCCUGGUAAUCAAUGGUUUCUUUCCCAGUUUAACGGUGAAAGAUAUUCUAGAUAGUAUUACAAAUGAUAUUUUAGAUGCUGGCAUUAGUCCGGGCAAUCCGCAUGAGGCUGUGGAUAUGAUUGAAGAGGAAUUUGCAUUAAUUCCUCAGACACAUUUGUAUUUAAUUGUUCACAAUUUGGAUGGUUCUAUGCUGAGGAAUUCAAAGGCUCAGUCGAUAUUGGCACGUUUGGCCAAAGUACCUAAUAUUCAUAUGCUGGCAUCGGUGGAUCAUAUUAAUACACCUUUAAUAUGGGAUCACACAAAACUUAGCAACUUUAAUUUCUCCUGGUGGGAUUGCACCACUAUGCUGCCAUAUUCAGAUGAAACUGCAUUCGAAAAUUCCCUAUUGGUACAAAAUUCUGGCGAGUUGGCUUUAUCGUCUAUGCGCAGUGUGUUUUUGUCAUUGACCACAAAUACUAGAGGCAUUUACAUGAUUAUCGUUAAACAUCAGUUAAAAAAUAAAGGAAAUGCUAAUUAUCAAGGCAUGCCUUUCAAGGAUCUAUAUUGGAGCUGUCGAGAAGCCUUUUUAGUCAGUUCAGAUUUGGCUUUGAGAGCACAAUUAACCGAAUUUUUAGAUCAUAAAUUGGUGAAAUCGAAAAGAAGCGUAGAUGGUUCCGAACAGCUAACCAUACCCAUAGAUGCUGCACUGUUGCAGCAGUUUUUGGAUGAGCAUGAGAAAAAAUAAUAAUAAAUAUUUACUUUUGCUUUUAGUUAAGAUUUAAAGUUAUUUAUUAAUUCUAAAAGUAUAUGUUUAGAUUUUUGAUACUUUUUUUUGUAAUAAAAUCCUAAAAAAUUGUUGAA